AUGAAGAGAUCAAUGGGAAAGAAGGAUACAAGUUUCUUAGAGCAAUUGAUUCUGUACGUCGCAGGCGCUGCAUUGACUAGCUUAACUCUAUACGUCGGUCUCCGUCAGCUUGACCCGAAUCGCGACGCCGCUAAGAAGGCGCUCAAGCACAAGCGAGAACUCGCCAAGCGUCUCGGUCGUCCUCUUAUCCAGACCAAUCAAUACGAGGAUGUAAUUGCUUGCGAUGUCAUAAACCCACAAAACAUAGAUGUAGAGUUUGGUUCUAUUGGAGGCUUGGAUGCAACGAAGCAGGCUCUGUACGAGCUUGUGAUUCUACCUCUUAAGAGACCUGAGCUGUUUGCUUAUGGAAAACUGCUUGGCCCUCAAAAGGGUGUGUUGCUCUACGGUCCUCCUGGAACCGGGAAGACGAUGCUCGCUAAGGCUAUAGCCAAAGAAUCAGAAGCUGUUUUCAUCAAUGUCAAGGUUUCGAAUCUGAUGAGCAAGUGGUUCGGUGAUGCACAGAAGCUUGUGGCUGCUGUGUUUAGCUUGGCGUACAAACUCCAACCUGCGAUUAUCUUUAUCGACGAGGUGGACAGCUUUCUUGGCCAACGCCGUGCAACGGAUAACGAAGCAAUGGCGAACAUGAAGACUGAGUUUAUGGCUUUAUGGGACGGGUUUACUACAGACCAGAACGCGAGGGUGAUGGUUCUUGCUGCAACUAACAGACCUUCAGAGCUCGACGAAGCGAUACUGAGGCGGUUCCCUCAGUCCUUUGAGAUCGGGAUGCCUGAUUGCAACGAGAGAGCUCAGAUAUUGAAAGUGGUUUUGAAAGGAGAGAGGGUCGAACCGGGUAUCGACUAUGACCGUGUAGCUCGGUUAUGCGAAGACUAUACCGGAUCGGAUAUCUUUGAGCUCUGCAAGAAAGCAGCUUACUUCCCAAUCAGAGAAAUCCUAGAGCUGGAGAAGAAGGGCAUAGAGAUAUCGGAGCCGAGGCCAUUGACACAGGUGGAUUUGGAGAAGGUUCUUGCUACUUCAAAGAAGACUCAGGUUGCUGCAAGUGAGUACUCCGGUUUAAGCUCGCAGUCUUCGGUUUGGAGAAGCCCAAGGGAUAGCGACGAGGUCCAAGCGGUUAUUAAUGGCAUCUCCAAGCUUUUUGUCUCUCGGAUUGUAAACAGUCAUUCAGAUUCUAAUGAGCGUGAGAUAGAAGGGGAUUCUGAAUAG